GUUCUAUCUGCGCGCUCCGUGUUGUUUGGUGGCCAUUACCUUUUGGUAGGUCUUCGUUGCUCGUCUGUUGUUUGUGGAUUAACGCGUUUGGGAUGAUGGCAGAGAUCGCCAACUACGACGGCCACGCGGCUAAACGACAAAGAACCGACGAAGGCAGAGAGCGUGGAUAUGGCAACAACCAGCAGAGUUACAAGUUCUACAACAACCAGCGUGGUGGCAGAGGGCCAGAAGAAGAGAAUCCUAAUCACAUUCUUCUGAUGACAAUCCUGAAUCCUGCAUAUCCAAUCACAGUGGAUGUCAUCCACACCAUCAGUUCGCCCAGUGGGAAGGUGUUGAGGAUAGUGAUCUUCAAGAAGAACGGUGUUCAGGCCAUGGUCGAAUUCGACAGCGUAGAUUCUGCGACGAGAGCCAAGCAGUCGCUGCACGGAGCGGACAUCUAUUCCGGCUGUUGCACGCUCAAGAUUGAAUACGCCAAGCCGACGAGAUUAAACGUGUACAAGAAUGACAGCGAGAGCUUUGACUACACCAACCCAAACCUUGCGGCUGAUCCUUCGUUGUCACGCAGUCCUGCGAGAAAAGCUACACCCUUGAUUGGAAAGAGCAACAGUGAACGCCCCGCUUUGCUCGGUGAGCCCCGUGGAUUUCCACCCUUCAGUGCUGCAGGAGAUGGCAGGGGUCCCGGUUCCGGAGGUCCCGGUUUCGGUAUGGAUCGCAACAACUUCGGCUACGGAGGCAGAGGGGAAGGCCAGUUCAACAAUCCCUCUGGCACCUACGAUGACGGUUACGGCGUCCCUCCGAGUGGACCUCCGCAAGACCGUUACAACGUGCCACCUCAUGACGGGGAUAUGGAAGGGCACGACAGCUCCAACUAUGGACCCGGUGGAGCCGCAGCCGCACCUCAGCCGACAGGUCCACACCAGGGCUCCGUACUCAUGGUGUACGGAUUGAAUUCGGAGAAGAUGAACGCGGAACGGCUCUUCAACCUUCUCUGCCUCUACGGCAAUGUUGUUAGAGUGAAAUUCUUGAAAAGCAAGGAUGGUUGCGCCAUGGUCCAGAUGGGAGAUCCCUUGGCCGUAGAACGUGCCGUCGGACACUUGAACAAUGCUCUCUUCUUUGGCUCAAAAAUGCAGUUGGGGUACUCCAAGCAGGCAUUCCUGAACGAUGUGCAACAGCCGUUUGAGCUGUCCGACGGAACUCCCUCUUUCAAGGACUUCAUGGGCAACAGAAACAAUCGUUUCACAAACCCGGAGGCAGCCAGCAAGAACCGCAUCCAGCCCCCGUCACGGGUCCUCCACUUUUUCAAUACACCCUUUGGCAUCGGGGAGGAAGAUCUCAAGAAGCUCUUUGAAGAAGCUGGCUGUCCAUUUCCAAACACAAUCAAGAUGUUCACAUCCAAGACGGAACGCAGCAGUUCGGGCCUCCUGGAAUUUGAAUCUGUUUCGGACGCGAUCGAGGCACUCAUCGUCUGCAACCACACCCCUAUCAACAAUCCAAAUGGCAAGUUUCCAUACAUUCUGAAGCUGUGCUUCUCGUCAUCAGGGCCGAGGUACUAGGCCCGCCACACCGCCACCACUCCUCCGAGAGACUUCUGUCGGACGUUGCAUUCAUGUAUAAACACAAAAUAUGUCACGCCACCACAUUACUUAUAUGUAUAUCGUGUACAAAAAAGAAACGGAGAGACGUAAAAAAAAAAAAAAAAACACGGGCAAGAAAUUCUCGGAGCAGACAAACCUCGCGAGGUUCCAUUUUUUGUUUUGAUCAGUUCAUGGUGAUUCUUGGGCCUAGCUCUACGUGAAACGUGUCUGCGAAAUUGUUUGUUUGAUACGCUCGUUGUGUACGAUGCCUGCAUUUGCUCAGGAACGUUGUUCAUCGUCGUCAUUAGGGACGGAAUUCUUCCUCUAGCGGUCGUGUAACUGUGUCUUUUUUGAGAAAUAAGGGGCUGCCCCUGUUUCCUUCUUUGUCUUGUGCGUUAUUCAGGAAGUGGCCUUUUAAAUGGUUCAAAGUAAUAUCGCAGCAACAGUUGUUUUACCUGGGAAGACAUAGUGGAUUUCUUGUUCUCGGCUGUUCUGUCUCUCCUCUGUGGUUUUAAAGCAGACACUUCAUUUUUUGUGUGUAUUGGGUGGUGCCAUGGAAAUAAAAAGUGUGGUCAUA